CAAGUGAGUGCGAGCGCUAGUGUGUGUGUGUGUCUGUGUCUGUGGCUUCACAGGGCGUUAAUGCCUUUGUGUGGCUCUUAUUCUCCCCUUCUCUCUCUCUCUCUCUCUCUCUCUCUCUCUCUCUCUCUCUCUCUCUCUCUCUCUCUCCGGGCUGCAGUGGGGGAGUUUAUUCAGCGUUUCACACCAGGAUCGAGAGACAGCAGAACUCAGCUCACCUGCCGGUCCUCAACACAGACGCAGCGCUCAGAAAACACUCUCAGCCGGACCACAAACAGCGACUGGGGGUUUCUGUACAGCAACAGUCAGGAUGGAUUACUCACAUCUUUCCCAAACAAAAGGAUUCAGCUUUUUUGGAAAGAAGAAGAGAGAGAAGGAGGGAUGACAGACACGCCUCUCCAUCAUACCUGACUUUCCUUCAGCGUGUCUUCAUGUGAAGGGUGUGUUGAUGUCGGAUAGUAACAUUCACAGUCAGCAGGAAGCAAUUGAGAAGGCAUUCAGCGAUUCAACGAGAGGAGGCAACACACACAACAAUUAUACAGAGUGCUCAGAGAGAGAAGAGCAAUGAGGAGGGUUUAGUUGAAGAUGUCUAGCAUUUACUCUUACUCCAGGUGAAUGCACCAGUGUGCAUUGGUGAGUGUGUGUGUGUGUGUUAACAUUUGACACUUCUGUCUGUGCAUGUGUGCAUGUGUGCAUGUGUGCAUGUGUGUGUGUGUGUGUGUGUGUGAGUGAGAGAGAGAGGGCGACGCCUGUUAGCUUCUCGGAGCAUGUUGAGUGUGUCUGGCAGGUUACUGCAGCGUGAAUGGCUAGCCUGCAAUCUACAACAGCAGGGUGCCUGAAUCAACACACACGCUUCUCACAGUUUAACAGGAUUAAAGCUGCGCGAUUUCCAUUUAAAGAGCUGACGUCUGAAUAAAGUGCGCACAGGUAGUUGAAUCAACUGACUAGACACACUGGAACUUGCUGGAUGGACUUAAAGCAGACACAAUAACUAACAAACGGAGGAGUGUCUGGUGUGUGCUGCCUCAGAUUCAAGUCUAGGAACAGGUUUGGAGAUUUCUGCGCGUCUAACAUCGCACCUCUGCAGCAAACGGUGCGAGCUGAAAGACAAAGACUGUGUCUGAUAAUUACAUUUCACAAGUCACCGAGCAGCAAAAGCAUCCAACUGGGAUCUUAUUAAGAAGGAUAUCGAUUUGUGUCAGACAGAGAGCGCCUGUGAUCCCUAUUAAGUUCUUGUGUUGUUUAAUUGAAUUGAUCUGGAUAUUGAUAAACGGAGCUUGAUUAGAAAGUAAAUGCAUACUCAUUGCUCCACACUUUUAUUUGCGUAUGAUGCGCAGCUGAUAUUGGUCGUGUUCUGAGUGAGCGAUGCAUGCCUGAGCUCAUCUGUUUAAGUGUGGGAGUUGUGUGGGACUCAAGCGGAUCGAGUCUCUCACCUCAGUCUUUUAUGUGCAACCGAUUACCGAUUCGUCCUGCAACAUGCACUUUUAUCCGACUGAAUUCACAGUUCACAGUUUCGGAGAGAUGAGAAACGCCUACAUGGAGAGACUCAAGUAGAGGCAGAUCUGAGCGAGAGGGAGGGAUGAUGGAAAACACACAAAGGAUGAAGUGCGAACGGUCAAACUUUCCUUGAGCGUGUUCUGAGGAUGAACACCAGAGACUAUUGAUUUGAGGUGUGACCGGUGCAUGAAGCUGUGCUCGUGUUUACUGGUGUCCAAUGAAAAACCAAAGGGGAAAGUCAGGCAGACUGAUGGGAAUCUGCAGUGAGGAGUUUGGCAUUAAGAUUUGUCAGGUUUUGUUGAUUGUUCAAGGCUGCUUGGUUUGAAAGUAACUUCUCUAUCAUCUGUGUGGAUCGUCUAACAGCAGGACUAUCAAAAACGGAUGCAUUUAAGAGUUCUAAACUAUAAAUAAAAAUCCCCAUAACUUUGCUUUAAACCCAAAAUGAAAGGACUUGAAAUUGCUGACAGUAAAGCAGAUCCAGCACACUGCUCAUGCUUCUGUCUGCUUCUCAAUUAACACUUCGCCCGAAAUGCUUUGGAAUAAUCUGACUCUGUGCUAAAUCAAAAACUUCAUAGUCGAACACGGCGAUGCAGGAGCAAUAUCCGCUCUUGGGAAGCUGCAGAUCUCCAGCCCAAACAUUCAAUCUUUCCAAUCCAUCACUUUAGACUGAAACACUAGACGUCUCGCAAGCGUUGCAUUUACUGACUCAGGAGUAAUUUCAGCAAAUAAGACAGCGCCGGUGGAAGACGUCUUGAUAAGAGCAAGCAGAGAAACGUAAUUUCAUGCUGAUUUUCCCUGAAUUAAGCUCAUCAAUGGGGACUGGAGGAGACGAAGCGCUGCACUACACCGUUUCACAUCAAGCACAAAUGGACUUUUCUGCAGAACGGCAUUCAUUUGAUUUCACACUCCACACUUGAGAUAUGACCGUCCUACAGAAGAGCUGAUUAGGAUGAAAUGGAGUGUUGUUGAAUGACUUCUAGCAUGUGUGAAAUGCUUUAAACAGCUUUCCUGCUGUGCAUUUACAUUCAGUCAUUUAGCAGACGCUUUUGUCCAGCGGUUGAGGAGGCAUUCAGCGAUUCAACAAGAGGAGGCAAUACACACAGCAAGUGCAGAUCAUACUGAGGAUUUUACUGGACUGUGAACAGACUGUCUGGGAGAUGCUGAACUAGCGCUGAUAUUUCUCUAUACGGUGACCUGAGCUGGUUUGCGAGGGCCUGAAGGAGUCGGAGGUCGGAGGUCAGGAUGGGGUGUAACAUGUGUGUGGUGCAGAAGCCUGAGGAGCAGUACAGAGUCAUGUUCCAGGUGGGCAGUGGAGAUCUGUCUGCUCUGACUCAGGAUCAGUCUCUGCGCUGCCGAAGGAACAUCAGAUGGACUCAGAGGAGGAGAGCCGGGGCUCUGGGAUCCGCUGGCGGGACGGUGCUGACGGCAGAGUGUGUGGACAGCGGGACGCAGACCGACAUCAGCUUCAGCUUCCAGCACAUGCUGACGACAGGCAGAUCCGGACACCACCACAGACCAGCGACACCACCGUCACCACCACUGCCACCAGUGCCCGAGCCAUACCUCUUCAGCCAGCUCGCUCCUGUGGAUCAUGUUUACUACGACCCAACAGACUACUUCGACAUCAGCCAGCAUGAGGUGGACAGACAGGAUGACCUGGAGUACGAGGAGGUGGAACUGUAUAAAUCAUGUCAGCAGGAUAAGCUGGGCCUGACCGUGUGUUAUCGCACUGAUGAUGAAGAGGAUCUGGGCAUCUACGUGGGGGAGGUCAACCCAAACAGUAUCGCAGCUAAAGACGGCCGAAUACGAGAGGGAGACCGAAUCCUGCAGAUUAAUGGGGUGGACGUUCAGAACCGAGAGGAAGCCGUGGCCAUCUUGACCAGAGAGGACAGCACUAACAUAUCUCUGCUCCUGGCACGGCCAGACAUCGAGAAUGAGGCUGAUGAUCUGGAUCUAGAGUUGGGCAUGGGCCUGGAUCUGGAGGACUUGGAGAACGCCUCAAACGUGCCCAGCCCACACCACCGCAGCAAAGCCAGCUCCCUGCUGAGUGACGUCAGCGGGAUUCGAGCUAAUCGGCCGAAUUUGUGGCACACGGCCCUCAAUAACAGCCAGGAGCUGGACAGCGGUGUGGGCCGCACGGAUGAGAGCACACGCUGCGAAGAGUCCUCAGAACUGGCUGAAGAUGCCACCAGUGCAUGCACCACCAACGCCACCAACACGCCGGGCAGCCUGCGCAAGUUUAAAGCGGCUCAGCAUGGGUUUGAGUUCCACUACAGCAAUGACUCUUUACUGGGACCAGAUGGGGUGGACCACGGAGCUCCUGAAUCACUGGGAGCAAGCAAAGUGCCGGGGUUAACCGAAGAAGAAUACGAACGCUACCGAGAGCUUCUGGAGAUCCGCUGCCUUUACGAGAAGAACGGAAACGCACUUCUGUAUUUGGAUGGAAGAAACCAGUGUGACUUUGCAGGGGGAAGCAUCCCUGUCGAUAUGAACUGCAACGAGAGUUUGAUGCAGCACGAAAUCGCUCUUCUGGAUGAGGAAAUACGACAUCUGGAGUUUAAAUGGCGCAAUGUCUUGCGCGCACAGAAGAUGCAGCAGUUGCGCCAACGCUGCUUAAAGGUCUGGCCUGCUGAUGAAGAGGACGAUGAAGACAAAGGAGCAAAGGCAAGAUGUGGAGGCGCAGAAUCAAUCCACCAUGACCUCUCGGAUAUCAACGAGAUCCCAGAAAGGGAGCGUUCUGAUAAGGAAAGCACAAGCGCAUAUAACACUGGAGGGGAGAGCUGUAGGAGCACACCUCUGGCUAGCGAACGAAACCCUUCGCUGUCCGCAGCUGGAGACUCCAGUGCCUCUGCAACCAUGCGGCCUCGGACGCCACGUCACAAAACAAGGGAAAGGAAUCCAAACUCUGCAGACGUCAAGAAAAAGAGCGAAGAAUUGGGGGACGUCAAAAAUCCAGCAGCAAGGGUUAGGAACGGCGGCGGUAGGAAGGGUUUGGAUGGACCGCGAAGGGGAUCCCACACUAAUGGAGCUAGUGGGGUAGUAAAAGGGGGACGGAGUGCUGAAAACAGCCCAUAUCUGUCCCGCCGGCACUGCAGCACCACACUGCCUCAACGCUACCAGAGCUGCAUGCAACUGAGAGAUGUGACCAUCAAUGACGGGAAUACUGAAGAAGAUCCUGCUCACUCCAGCACGACACCUACUGCUAAUAAAGACACCACUGCUACUGCCGUGAAUAUCCCACCUCCAUCUUCACCUAGGAUGGAGUGGAAGGUGAAGAUCCGCAGCGAUGGCUCAAGGUACGUGGCUAAACGCCCUGUAAGAGAUCGUCUGCUGAAGGCUCGUGCCAUGAAGAUUCGUGAGGAGCGCAGCGGGAUGACCACAGACGAUGACGCGGUGAGCGAAAUGAAAAUGGGGAGAUAUUGGAGCAAAGAGGAGCGCAAGCAGCAGCUGCUGAGAGCCCGGGAACAUCGGAGACGGCGGGAGUUCAUGAUGCAGAGUCGACUGGACUUCUUGAGGGAGAAAGAAAAGGAGCAAGACUCCGGACCACAGGCUUCCAUACUGGAGCUGAGCCAGAAGAAGAGCAUGAAGAAGCGCAGCCGACGCAUCCUGGACAACUGGAUCACCAUUCAGGAGCUGCUGGCUCAUGGAUCCAGCUCUGUGGAUGGGAAGAAAGUCUACAACCCGUUGCUCUCCGUGACCACUGUCUGAUCGACAGCCAGACUCUAAUGAAGUAAGAGUGGAGAUGACUGCAAAGUUUAGCCAAGUCUGAUGAAGAUGCCUAGAGGAAUACUCCAGAAACAUUGAUGGUGGAUAUAAACAUGGCAAACACAGGGCCGAAUGCAGAAUGAAUGUACCUGUUUUCAUAAUCUGUUUGUAAAAAUGGCUUUAAUGCUUGAGUUUGAGUCACACUCGAGACUGUUACAAUCCAGCGCUGAGGAUCUGGAGCAUCUCACUGGAUCAAAACAUUCAUUCACAAAGACUUGUCAGAUGAAUGAAGCGGUGGGCUAGUUUAGUCCUGGAGAUCCAGACUUUAGGUUGACACACACAAAAAGCUUAAUAAGGAGUAAAACCAGAGUGUGAAUUACAGGAGGGUUUGGGGGAUCGAUCCUCUGAUUAAUGCUUGAUUCCCCUUUAAACGACGUCAAACAAGAUGCAUGCAGGGUCAGCCGAGUGAGAAAUCUGAUCUGAUCUGUUUCUUAAUAAUGGAAAUAAUAAUGGCGGCACGGUGGCGCAGUGGUUACACUGUGGCCUCACAGCAUGAAGGUCGCUGGUUUGAGUCUCGGCUGGGU